CAUCAAUCCACCACUUCUAGCUACAAUGACCCAGGAGACACCUCACCCUCUCGACCCAGCCACGCCCAGGGAGCUGGCGGCCGCCGUCGACCUCAUCCGAAAGAGCUGCUCGGGCGUCGAUGUCCAGUUCAAGGCAGCCGGCCUCAAGGAGCCGUCCAAGGAGGCGCUCCUGCCCUUCCUGCGCGCCGAGCGCUCGUCGAUGCCAUACAACGCCCCACCCCGGCUCAUCUACGUCAUGUUCCUCUACCGACACACGCCAAGGCUCUUUGACGCCGUCGUCGACGUGACCAACGGCAAGAUCCUCGAGGUCGAGGAGCAGCCACGGGGAAACCACGCGCCCGCCGACCGUAUCGAAAUGAACGAGGUGGCUGCCACCUGCCUCAAGUCGCCCCUCGUCCAGAAGGAGCUCAAGCGGCUGGGCCUCGACGCCGACGUGGUCGUCAUGGACCCUUGGAUCUACGGAAGGGACGACGACGUCGAGGACCGGCGGUUGGCCCAGGUCUUUUUCUACAUUCGCAACCCCAAGAAGUCCGACGACUUUGACUCGAACCACUACGCGUUUCCACUCGACUUUAUGGCCGUGACAGACAUGGUGGAGAUGCGCGUCGAGGAGAUCGGCCGGAUCCCCCUCGGUGCCACGAGCGUGACGGGCAAGGACGAGGCGCCGCUCAACGUCGGCCAGCCCGUCGAGGCCGAGUACGCCCACCACCUCCAGUCGCAGCCUGCGCGCACGACCGUCAAGCCGCUGCAGGUCGUGCAGCCCCAGGGCGCCAGCUUCACCGUGGCAGGCAGCCUGGUCGAGUGGGAGAAGUGGCGCUUCCGUGUCGGCUUCAACUACCGCGAGGGCAUGACGAUCCACGACGUCACCUUUGACGGCCGCGAGGUCUUUUACCGCCUGUCGAUGUCGGAGAUGUUUGUGCCGUACGGCGACCCGCGCAACCCGCUCCACCGCAAGGCCGCCUUUGACCUCGGCGACGUCGGUGCCGGCUCCACGGCCAACAACCUGGGCCUGGGCUGCGACUGCCUCGGCCUGAUCAAGUACUUUGACGGCGCCGUCAUUGACCAGCACGGGACCGUGGUGCCCAAGCCCAACGCCAUCUGCAUGCACGAAAUCGACGCGGGGAUCCAGUGGAAGCACACCAACCACCGGACGGGCAAGGCGUCGGUGGUGCGCAAGCGCCAGCUGCAGCUCCAGACGAUCAUCACCGUGGCCAACUACGAGUACAUCUUCUACUGGACCUUUGACCAGGCCGGCGAGGUCGAGUUUGAGACGCGCGCCACGGGCAUCCUCAGCACCACGCCCAUCGACCCACGCUGCGACGAAGAGGUGCCGUUUGCCACCCGGGUCGGCGACGGCGUCCUGGCCCCUUACCACCAGCACAUCUUCUGCCUGCGCAUCGACCCGUGCAUCGACGGCGACGGCAACACCGUCGAGGUCGUCGACAGCGUGCCCAUGAUCGCCGACCCGGUGCUGAACCCGUACGGGACCGGGUACGUGACCGAGUCGCGAAAGAUCAAGACGUCGGGAAGCGAGGAGACGGACCCGCUCAAGGCGCGCAUCUUCAAGAUCAUCAACCCCAAGAAGAUGAACCGCGUGUCCAAGACGCCCGUCGGCUACAAGCUCAUGCCCAUCUCGUCGCAGAAGCUCCUGGCCGCCCCGGACUCGUGGCACGCCAAGCGCGCCGAGUUCGCCCACGCGCCCCUCUGGGUCACGCGCCACCGCGACGACGAGCUCUUCCCCGCGGGCCGGUACACCAACCAGUCGCGCGGCGGCACGGGCAUCAAGUCGUGGGUCGACCGGCGCGACAGCGUCGAGAACCAGGACCUCGUCCUCUGGCACACGUACACCUUCACACACAACCCGCGCACCGAGGACUUCCCCGUCAUGCCGGCCGAGUCGGUGCGCAUCGCCCUCAAGCCCAUCAACUUUUUCGAGUACAACCCGGCGCUCGACGUGCCCGAGAGCACGCAGGCGUCGAACAAGAGCGUGCUCUACCAGGCCGCCAACGGCUGCUGCCGCGGCGACUCUCCAUAGAUUUCUUUUGCUUUGCAUCUCCGUUCGCUACUGGGCUUUUCAUGAAUCUGUUCAUUUCACCAUUUGGGCUACUCUCGAAUCUAUUCACUG